AUGCUCCUUAUCACGGUUAUUAUUUCCUCCUACCAGGUAGAGCGACCACCGGCGCCUUCUCGCCGCCUACCCCUUCCCCGGCGAAGGGAGCAGUUGGGGCCCGGCCCUGGCGGCCGCUCCCUAGAUGCAGCUUCCUCUGCUGCUCCGCAUCCCUCCCUCAUUCAUCUGUACCACUUUGGGGUCGGCGAGAAGGGACGCACGGGAGCGCUGGCUCCGGAACUCGACUCAUCUCCGGUGCCAAAGGCCUGCCCGGCGUGCGGACCUCUGAGGGUAUUCAGACGGACUUUUAUUCAUCCUUGUGCGAGAGGACUGCAGCAGGCGAGUUCCGGAAGGCUGACUCCCCAAAUCCCGGCCGCGGACCUCUGCAGCUCGUCCUGCGGCACGCCCGACCAGGCUGCGCCUGGCCUCGGCCAGCUAGGAAAAAGCCUGGAUCCGAAAGGAUGGGGGAGAACAAAGAGCCUUUGGAAGACGUCGCUGUUAUCUCAUUGUCUGUGUGAUUGGGGGAGCUGCGGUAGGGUGGAUGCUGUGGUCCUUUUCUCCCUGCACUCCCCCACCCCCAUCCCUCUCCCCGCUGUCACUGCGCACGCAUUCGCGCCGCUUUUUACUUAUUUUUUUUCCCUGUUUUCUCAUUCCAUCUUCUCCCCACCCCCUUCCUUUCUUCCCCUUCUUUCCUUCCUCCUUGCUUCCCUCAGGAGAAAGGCCUCUCUCUCCGUGUUCACAGCGGACCUUGAUUUAAAUGUCCAUACAAUUAAGGCACGCGGUGAAUGCCAAGAAUGGGGCUGGCUGAGCACCGUCGGUCCGCGAGGGCCCGCCAAGGAAGGAGCCACAGAGGCGAGGCGCCCUCCACGGAGCUCAGCGCUGCGGGUGGGGGAGGGAGGGGUCUCCGGUUCCUGCUGUCUGGGCUGCGGGAGCUAGAGCCUUCAGGGUGGGGAAGUGUGUGGCUUGUGACAGACAUGGGUUUAGGGAUGCAAAAGGACUCAGGGAGAGAAACUGAAGCUGAUUCUGUGACAGAACCACAGAUCUGUGCAAGCACGGAUGCGGUGGGAGGGGGGUGCCGGUGAGCGCACUGCGGAGUGAUUCUGUGGGCAUAUUUUUCUCUACUCCGGGUGCAUUGUAUGCGGGUGGACACCUUUUUCCGUGGUUGUGUUUUGUUCGGGGCUUAGCUUUUGAUUUGCUUUUUAAAAAAUGUAUCGGGUAUCCAGAAGACUGGCAGACUGUACCAGGGUUUGCACUGCGGGUAUAUUGUGUUCUGCUUGAGGUUUGGAGGGAGGGAGGUAGCCAGUUGGAAGGGAGGAGGGAGUUGUUUUUGUCACCCUUCGCUGUAGAGCUGUGGGCACCUGACAAGAUUAAGGAAGUCAUUGGGAUAGAUGGGGAAGAAGGAACAAACUCUUGGUGGGUUCACAGCCUCCAUCAGGGCUGAAAGCAUGGCCAGGGCUCUUGGGAGCAUCUCACUUCCUCCUUGUGGCUGUAAUUGCAGUUUUAGGCAGAGAUCCAAGAGAUGCAGAGGAAGGGAGAGGCGCAAUAACCUACAUGUACCAAAGCCCGGGUGGGGGUGGGGGUGCAUUCCUUUUAAAAUCUGAACAGAAGGAAAAAACAGAAUGUGUGCAAGUCAGGGUCUGAGAAAAGACUGUUUUGAAAGAGAAUGUCAGGGAAUGGAAAGGGUCAACCUUCCCUCAUCCUGAAGAACCUGCUUCCCCAAUGGGGCCUUCUUCCCAAUCACUGGACCUAGAGCAGUAGCUGGUCCUAGAGGCCCCUGGCACACUGCACAGUGACAGCCCAUCCCAUCUCCAGCUCUGUGUUAACCCCCAAGCUGCAGUGGAUAGCGGCAUGACCUAAACUCAUUAAUUUCCUGGUGGAGAAAAUGGAGGAGGGGCAAGUCCCUGCACAGAAAGGAGGCCAAGAGCUGGAUCUUCCUACCCAGGAAACCUGCUGCAUCCCCUUCCCUGCCCUUGGCAGAGGCCUAUCUUUGCAAGGCCAAGGCCAUAGGGAUGCUUAGGUUUUCAGUUUGAUUCCUGACACAGUAAUCAAAGCCUUAAAGAGCCUUACUGAGGAGCUCUUUCCUCACCAAAGCCUCAUCUAGCCUACUAAAUUAGUAAUCAAGGAUACCCUGGCCUCAUUUCUUCCCAAAUAUUUAUGAGUACCUAUUAUGUGCCAAUCAUUGUGUAAUUAUAUCUUAGCUUCUUCCUUUGCCCUCGUAAGGGGAUGUCUGGAGUCAGGUGAGGUUCAGUGUGCCGUGCCCCAUCUAGACACUUCCAGAACCUUCUCUGGGUCGGCAGAAAUGUGCUACCACUUGCUCACCCCUGCAGAGAAGGCUACGG